CCUCUCCUGUCAUCACACUCUCAUAUCCAUCACACAGACAUCAAGCACUGAGAGAGUUUUAAAGACAGAACCCGAAAAGGCCGACAAAAAUGCCUUCUCUCGAGAACUCUGUCACUGUGAUCUCAACAAGCAGAGUCUUCCCUGACAAAAAGUCAACCCUCGCUGACCUCAAACUCUCCGUGUCCGAUCUCCCCAUGCUCUCCUGCCAUUACAUCCAAAAAGGUUGUCUCUUCACUCGUCCUCACCUUCCUCCACACGAGCUUCUCUCUCACCUCACACACUCUCUCUCGAUGACCCUCUCUCACUUCCCUCCUUUCGCCGGCCGUCUCUCCACCUCCGAAGACGGCCACGUCUUUCUCUCCUGCAAUGACGCCGGCGCGGACAUAGUUUUCGCCGAGGCAAAAUCCGUCCGCGUCAGCGACGUUAUCAUCGCCGGAACCGAUGUUCCCGACGUCGUGAAGGAGUUUUUCUCGUACGACAGGGCGGUGAGCUACGAGGGACAUAACAGACCGAUCCUAGCCGUUCAAGUGACGGAACUAAACGACGGCGUUUUCAUCGGAUGCUCCGUUAACCACGCCGUGGUCGACGGAACGUCGCUGUGGAAUUUCGUCAACACUUUCGCGGAGGUGUCUAGAGGAGUCGAGAACGUGACACGUCGUCCUGAUUUUACGCGGGAGUCCGUGCUAAUCUCACCGGCCGUGCUGAAAGUGCCUCGAGGUGGGCCCAAGGUGACGUUCGACGAGAACGCGCCGUUACGGGAACGGAUUUUCAGUUUCACCAGGGAGCAGAUUCUCGAGCUGAAAGCUACGGUGAACAAGAAGAGAAACGGCGAGAUAAACGGAGUCGAGGUGCUGGGGAAGCAAAGCAACGAUAAACUUAACGGUAAACUAACGGAAAUGUUGGAGAGUUUGUUAGAGAGCAACGACGCCGUUUCGAAAACAGAGAACAACAUGGAGAUCUCGUCGUUUCAGUCUCUCUGCGCAUUGCUCUGGCGCGCGAUCACUCGGGCGAGGAACCUCCCGAGCACCAAAACGACGACGUUUCGCAUGGCCGUCAACGUCCGCCACCGUCUGAGCCCGAAGCUUGAUCCGGAGUACUUCGGAAACGCGAUCCAGAGCGUUCCGACGUUCGCGGCGGCGGGAGAGGUCCUGUCUCGGGAUAUACGGUGGACCGCCGAUCGGCUCAACCAGAGCGUGGCGGCGCACCGGGACGAGAGGAUCCGAGGCGUCGUGGCGGACUGGGAGGCGAAUCCGAGGUGUUUUCCUCUCGGGAACUCCGACGGAGCGUCGGUGACGAUGGGGAGCUCGCCGAGGUUUCCGAUGUACGAGAACGAUUUCGGGUGGGGGAGGCCGGUGGCGGUUAGGAGCGGACGGGCGAAUAAGUUUGACGGGAAGAUCUCGGCGUUUCCGGGGAGAGAUGGAAACGGGAGCGUUGAUUUGGAGGUGGUCUUGGCGCCGGAGACGAUGGCUGGGAUAGAAUGUGACGGCGAGUUUAUGCGGUAUGUGUCGAAAGUUUGAUGGAAUAACGUAACGGUUUGCGUUCCCUCUCUUUUUUCUUUAUUCUCAAUAACUUAAUAAUGUAAAAAAUGUAAUUUGACUGAAUAAAUAAUGUUACAUUUCA